AUGACAGAGAUGCCUCCCCCAAACCAGACCUUCAGCCCCUGGGCAGCCGAGCCCCCGGUCACCACCGACUACUACUACGAGGAUGGGGAGUACUCGGCGGGGGGCAGCCCCCUGCCCGAGAUGUGUGAGAAGGGGACCGUGCAGAGCUUUGCCCGCACCUACCAGCCGGCUGUCUACCUGCUGCUGUCAGCGCUGGGCGUGGCGGGGAACGGGCUGGUGCUGCUCACCCACGCCCGCUACCGCCAGGCCCACUCCAUGACCGACGUCUGCCUGCUGCACCUGGCCGUGGCCGACCUGCUGCUGCUGCUGACGCUGCCCUUUGCUGUGGCGGGCGCGCUGCAGGGCUGGCUGCUGGGCACCGACGCCUGCCGGACCCUGCAGGGCUUCUACGCUCUCAACUUCUACAGCGGCUUCCUCUUCCUCACCUGCAUCAGCGUGGACCGCUACAUGGCCAUCGUCCGGGCGCCUGCUGCCUGCCGCCUGCGCCCCCGGGCCCGCUGCUACGGCUGGCUCGCCGCCGGGCUGGCCUGGCUGCUCUCCACCCUGCUGGCGCUGCCCCAGUUCGUGUACAGCCGGGCCGAGGAUCACCAGGAGCUCCGGCUCUGCAGGGUGCUCUUCCCUGCCGGCGUUUCCAGGGCAGCCCAGGGAGCCACCAACCUGGCCCAGGUCAUCCUGGGCUUCGUGCUGCCCUUCCUGGUCAUGGCCUCCUGCUACGCGGCCGUGGCCCGCACCCUGCUGGCUGCCCGCAGCUUCCAGCGGCACAAGGCCCUACGCGUCAUCCUGGCCCUGGUGCUCGUCUUCGUGGCCCUCCAGCUGCCCUACAGCCUGGUGGUGCUGCUGGACACGGCCGACGUGCUGGGCAGCCGGGAGAUGAGCUGCGCCCAGAGCCGCCGCAAGGACCUGGCUCUGGUGGUGACCAGCGGCCUGGCCUUCGCCCGCUGCUGCCUCAACCCCGUGCUCUACGCCUUCGUGGGCGUGCGCUUCCGGAAGGAGCUGCGGCUCCUGGCCAGCGAUGCUGGCUGCGUGGGCCAGGCACAGGAUGGGCAGCGCCCCAGCCCCAGGCGCCGGGCACCACUCUCCACCUGGCUGGACACGGUGUAGUGGGCGGUGCUGACCGGGCUCAGCCCUCUCCCUGCCGGCCAGGAGGCCAGGGCUCCCCUCCCCGGCUGGCAGGGGGCCGCUGGGGCAGGCUCAUGG